UAAGGAGGAAGAGUUUUCGGUUGGAGAAUGAUGGCCGCCUGCAAGGCGGUGGCAGCAGCAGCGACAGUGGCGACAGCAAAAGAAAGGGCCGAAGAGGCAGCGAAAACAACUACCACGGGGACGGCCGCGUCGGCGGCGGCCUCAGCCAAGGCCGCGGUCCCGUCCGCUGGGGGGACGACUACGACGACAGCAUCAGGCGCGGCGGCCAACACCACAACGGCCGUGACGGGAGGAGCGGGGGCCGCCCGCUCGGCGGCGGCCGCCAAGCUGCUGUCCCUGAGCGGCGUGUUCGCCGUGUACAAGCCCAAGGGCCCCACUUCGGCCGAGCUAUUGAACCAGCUGAAGGAGAAACUCCUGGCAGAAGCUGGUAUGCCUCCUCAAGAUGGGAACAAAAGGAAGAAACAGGCAUUAAAAAUUGGUCAUGGAGGAACUUUGGACAGUGCUGCGACAGGAGUUCUGGUGGUUGGAAUUGGAAAAGGAACAAAAAUGUUGACCAGUAUGUUAUCAGGUUCCAAGAAGUAUAUUGCUACUGGAGAACUGGGGAAAGCUACUGAUACACUUGAUUCAACAGGGAAAAUUACAGAAGAAAAACCUUACGAUCAGAUAAAGCAAGAAGAUAUUGAAGGUAUUCUCCAGAAAUUUACAGGAAAUAUAAUGCAAGUACCCCCUCUGUAUUCUGCUUUAAAGAAAGAUGGACAAAGACUUUCAACUUUGAUGAAGAAAGGUGAAGUAGUAGAGGCAAAACCUGCCAGACCAGUCACAGUGUAUAGCCUCUCCCUUCAAAAGUUCCAACCACCUUUAUUUACAUUAGAUGUUGAAUGUGGAGGAGGUUUUUAUAUCAGAAGCUUGGUCAGUGACAUUGGCAAAGAACUUUCUUCCUGUGCCACUGUGCAAGAACUGACCCGAACUAAACAGGGACCAUUUACACUAGAGGAACAUGCCCUUCGUGAAGACAAAUGGACAAUUGAUGGAAUAGCACAGUCCCUAGAGCACUGCAUGCCUCUUCUCUCAGUAGAACCUUCUGUUAAAAAAUUAAAAACUGAGGAUUCUAAAGUACCAGCUGUGAGCUCUGAAGACAAAACAAUAAGUCAGGUUAAGGAAAAAGAUGGAGUGACUGGAACAUCUUAAGACUGGACUGGGAUUGUUAUGUUUUCCUGGUUGAAUUUAUAAUCUUUUUGUGUGCAAAAUGACAAGCUGCAUUGUUUAAAAAAAAAAAGAAUUCUCUUUUUUUUCUCUCUCUCUCUGUGCAUGGAGAAAAAGUCUGUAAUUUCUUAUUCCUACAAUGUGCUAUUCAUCUGAUACAAUUGCAUUAUAAAUGGGUUUGUCAGUAAUCUAAAUUCUUUGCUGUAUCCUCAAAUGAUCUUUUAGAAUGUUUUUGUGUUACCAUAUUGUCAAUAAAAAUUUUAAAUCAAAAUUUCAGAAAACUUAAUUUUCUGAAUUUAGUCACUCAUCGGUAUCUACGCCAGUAAAUAAGUUAAAUGCAUUUUCUAAUCUAAUGAAAACAAAAUCUAUGUUGUACUUUACUUUGUUCUCUGAAGUUCAGAGAUUCAGAGUGUAAAAUUUUUUUUAUUGGACUACCCAGAGAAAUUUUAUUGAUAAUCCACUGAAGACAGGAUCAUGCUGAAUUAUUUUUUUAAAACAGAGCUUAAAAUGGUCCUUUAUGUACUUCAUUUGCUUUAUGAACAUAAUUUUGGGGAAUUAUUCAUUAUAAAGAAACAUUGCUUGGUUAAGACUAUAUCUACCUAUAAUAAUUUAUUUGUUAGUUUAAGUCUAAGGACCAACCAGAUGCAAUUAAUAUCUAGAAGUGGACUCUAUAAUUACCUACUGUCCCCAUUAAUAGGAUCAAAAUCGAUGUUUUACUCUAUCAACACAGAUGAUUAUUCCAUGAAAAUAAAAAAUAAAAUAAUUAAGGCUUAUUAAUUGGUAGGUAGCAAAGGGACUCAAGUGCCCUUCAUAUUUUCCUUUUACAUUGGGACCUGAGGGUGGGGAAUAGGGAAAAUUGUUGUUGGGUUGUUUUUUGGGGGGGUUUUUUUGGCUAAAUUAUUUAUCUUUCUCUUAAAAAAAAAUUAUCAGGCAAGUCACUUAUCCCCAAUUGGCUCACUUAAAAAAAAAAAACAAACCAAACCAAACAAAAAAUUAUCCCUAUCUGUGACUUUUUUUAGACUUGUUUACUUCUAUUAUUGUUUCAAGUGAUACUGAUUUUGACCAAGAUGGCUUCAUUACAUUUUCAGGUAGACAUUUGCUCUAAAUAAUUGAUUAUUAUGUUUUUUUCAUUGGGUUAUACUGAGAAUCCCCCAAUUCUUUAUACCACUCCAAUUGCAAAAUUUAGAAAGUACAGUCACUAACAAAUAUUCAAAUUUAUAGAUGCUAGGAGCUUCAUAUUUUACUUUAUAGGAAAGUGUAAUAUUUUAUUCUGUUUUUAAUAUAGUCUCUCUUUAUAUUCCUAUAGUUUAAAAGCAAGACCAUUAAAAACUUCUUGAAAUUAAGUUGUUUUAUCCUCUAAAACAUUUAAUAAUUCCACAUUAAAGAAUACAAAAUAAAUUAAUUUUAAUUAUGGUUAAUCUAACAUCUACUAUAAAACACUUUUUGGUAGAUUAUCAGCAUAUAUGGAGUAUAAUAUGAACACAUUAUAAUGUUUUUUAAAAUUAUUAUUUCAAUUAAGCAUUCUUUUCUCUCCCUGUUCUCUACUGGGGAAACAAACAAACCCUUUUUAAUGGAUAUGCAUAGUCAAAAAAAUUCUCAUGUUGGCCAUAUUAAAAAAUGUGUCUCAUUCUACAUAUUUAGUCUUAUCUCCUAUUUGUCAGCAGGUGGGUACUGUUCCUUAUCAUUGGUCUUCUGGAAUCUUGAUUGAUUAUUGCAUUGAUGAGAGUUAAUGAGAAGUUUUUAUACUACUUGGGGUCACAUACAGGAUUAAAAAGAAAAGAAAUGUUUUUUUAAUACUUUAAUUGUAAUAGCAAAAUAAUUUCUGAACUUCAAAUUAAAAGUUUGUAAUUUGAAUGUAACCAAACUUAAUACUCACCAACUUAAGUGAAAACUAGUGGAAGUAUAUAGUUUAAUGAUCUUACAGUACCAAUUCAUGUAAUGACUGAUAGUUCAAAUGAUUUUUUUUCCUAAUGUUGAGGUGAAAGGUAAUUGAUCAUUUCUGUUUCAUAAUUUCAUAAAUUCCAGUGUACAAAAUGACAUUUAAUUGUUUUAUAAUAAGUCUGGUCAGUUUGCAAAAAAAAAAAGGGAAAGAAAAGAAAUAACUAAUUCAGUAGUUCCAAGUCUCAUGUAUAUAGUUCAAUUAUAUAUUUUCAGCUACAUUCUUUCCAAUUUUCCCCUUUCUUUUAAAGAAAAGUUUUUAAAUUUAUACUGGGCAAAAAUGGUAAAGGAGUCUUUUGUAUUUGCCUUAAAUCUACAGCCUCUUAAAAUUGAAAAUGCCAUCUCAGAGGUCAUUUAUUCACCAUAUUGUGAGGAAAAAUCCCACAUCAUUUUAGUUUGGCAUUUUUAAUUUCUGCUCUUCCUAAAGAGUUUGUCUCACUUUGUUUUGAGAAUUGUACAAAGUGAUGCCAAAGAAUUAUACAGUAAAACUAAUAAUUUGCAUUUUCCUGAUUUAAAACUCAGUUUGACUAGCAUUUAAUGCCCACUAUGUGUAAAGUUCUGGAGAUAUAGAGACAGUGUAAUUAUCUUUGCCUUUAAGGAGCCCCCUAUUAGAGGAUAUACAUAAAUCGAAAGCAUAUUUGAAAUUAUGCCAAGUUAUUUUAAGAGAAAGCUGGGCUAAAGUUUUACUCUUACUUAGUUUGGGCAUAUCCCAAACUAGGCAAAGUUUUAUAACCCUUGAAAUUAAGUCUGUUCUCCAUUUGGGUUGUUGAAUAUCACAGGGUAAUUUACAUUCAUUUUGCCCUUAUCUAUUACAAAGAUAUCUUCACAAAGAUACCAAGUUCAUUAAUCCACCUAAACUGCUUCUGUUAAGAUGAAGGAAAAAAGAAUAGGUGAAACAAAUGCCCAAGUUCUAUAAGUUCAAAGUCCCUGUCUGUUGAUUUUCCUACUCUAGUCAGUUUUUGUUUUGUUUUUGCAUCUCUGGCACCUACCAUAAAGCCUUGAACAUAUUAGAUGCUGGAAAAAUACUUGUUGAAUUGGACACAAGAAGGAAAAGUAAGGGAAACCUGGCUUCUGAACUUGUAGAUUCCAGGUCUAACCAACACUUUUAUGCACAUUGCAUGAGGGCCCAGUAUUUUUCUUUUGCUCUAUUCCUUUGCAUGUCUAUGUACUUCAUCGGUGGGCAAUAGUUUUGGGAUUUGUUUUGUUUUUAUUUUGAUAAGUAAUUGCAAAACUUGAAUUGUCCUUUCACUAAGCAACAUAGUCUAGCUCAGUUCUCUACCUAUGAUUAUAUUUUCAGGCUUUAUUUAAAUUUAAAAUUUUUAUGGUCUAAAUUUUGACCAACUUCAAACAUAUCUUCCAUUUAUGUUGUUGC